AUGUCUCCACCAGCACCACCACCGCUGCUGCUGCUGCUGCUACCAUUGCUGACUGUGGAGCCCGCUGGGGCCACGCUGAUCCGGAUCCCACUUCACAGAGUCUAUACGGGACUCAGGGCCCUGAACCCACUGAGGGGAUGGGAUAAGCCAGCAGAGCCCCCCAGGUUGGGGGCUCCAUCCCCUGGGGACAAGAACUUCUUCGUGCCUCUCUCCAACUACAUGAACGUCCAGUAUUACGGGAAAAUUGGGCUGGGAACGCCCCCACAAAACUUCUCUGUCAUCUUUGACACUGGCUCCUCCAAUCUCUGGGUCCCAUCUGUGAGAUGCCACUUCUUCAGUCUGCCCUGCUGGCUCCACCACCGCUUCAACCCCAAAGCCUCCAGUUCCUUCCAGCCCAAUGGGACCAAGUUCGCCAUUCAAUAUGGAACUGGGCGCCUAGACGGCAUCCUGAGUGAGGACAAGCUGAGUAUUGGGGGAAUCACAGGUGCAUCGGUGAUUUUUGGGGAGGCUCUGUGGGAGCCCAGCCUGACCUUCACUUUUGCCCACUUCGAUGGGAUAUUGGGCCUCGGUUUUCCUGUUCUAGCUGUGGGAGGAGUUCAGCCCCCACUGGAUAGACUGGUGGACCAGGGACUUCUGGAUAAGCCUGUCUUCUCCUUCUAUCUCAAAAGGGACCCUAACGCAACUGAUGGCGGAGAGCUGGUCCUGGGUGGCUCAGACCCAGCACACUACAUCCCACCUGUCACCUUUGUGCCAGUCACGAUCCCUGCCUACUGGCAGAUCCACAUGGAGGGCGUGAAGGUGGAUACAGGUCUGACUCUUUGUGCCCGGGGCUGUGCUGCCAUUCUGGACACAGGCACGUCUCUCAUCACGGGACCCACUGAGGAGAUCCGGGCCCUGCAGACAGCCAUUGGGGGCAUCCCCCUGCUGAUGGGGGAGUACCUCAUUCAGUGCUCGAAAAUCCCAACGCUCCCCCCAGUCUCCUUCCUCGUUGGGGGGGUCUGGUUUAACCUCACGGCCCAGGACUACGUCAUCCAGAUUGUUCGCGCUGGCGUCCGUCUCUGCUUGUCCGGCUUCCAGGCUCUGGAUGUACCUCCGCCCGCAGGGCCCCUCUGGAUCCUCGGCGAUGUCUUCUUGGGCAGCUACGUGGCCGUCUUCGACCGUGGCGACGGGAAAAGCGGCGCCCGAGUGGGACUAGCGCGCGCUCGAGCUCGCGGAGCAGGACAGUGACCGGAAGGGCUGGCGCAGGCGCAGUUCUCCGAUGAGGCCUUGGUUAAGCGCAUGCGCACCCCCGAUACGCAGUACAAAUCCAUUAUUUGCUUUAAAC